AAUGAUCUCGCGAGAAGUAGCACAGCGGGCAGCGAUGGCGGCGGCGGGAGCCGGAGCCGGGGCUGGCGCGGGGCAGCCGAGCUCAGCGGCGGGAGCCGAAGAAGGAGAGGCACCACCGGCAGCAGCGAUUGUCGCCGCCCCGGCUGGAGAGGGCACGUCGGCAGCACCUGCCGCGGAUCCCAACUCCGGGGAGGCCGAAAGCGGGGAUUCUGCCUUGGUUGAUGUAACUGCUGGUUUGGAGACUGAAUCCUCAAAUGGAAAAGAUACAUUAGAAGGAGCUGGGGACAGUUCAGAAGUCAUGGACACUCAGACUGGUUCUGUGGAUGAAGAGAAUAGUCGGCAACUGGGAGAGGUGGAACUGCAGUGCGGGAUAUGUACAAAGUGGUUCACGGCAGACACCUUUGGCAUUGAUACCACGUCCUGCCUUCCUUUUAUGACAAACUAUAGUUUUCAUUGCAAUGUGUGUCAUCACAGUGGGAACACCUACUUCCUCCGAAAGCAAGCAAACUUAAAAGAAAUGUGCCUUAGUGCUUUGGCCAACCUGACGUGGCAGUCCCGAACACAGGAUGAACAUCCUAAAACCAUGUUCUCCAAAGACAAGGAUAUUAUACCAUUCAUUGAUAAAUACUGGGAAUGCAUGACCACCAGACAGAGACCUGGGAAAAUGACUUGGCCCAACAACAUUGUUAAAACAAUGAGUAGAGAAAGGGACGUAUUUUUGGUGAAGGAACAUCCAGACCCUGGAAGUAAAGACCCGGAAGAAGAUUACCCCAAAUUUGGGCUCUUGGAUCAGGAUCUUGGUAAUAUUGGCCCAGCUUAUGACAACCAGAAGCAAAGCAGCACAGUAUCUACUAGUGGAAAUUUAAAUGGUGGAGCCUCUUUUGGAGGCGGAAUUGCAGCAGGAAGUAGUGGAAAAGGAAGAGGAGCCAAGCGCAAACAGCAGGAUGGAGGGACCACAGGAACAACUAAGAAGGCUCGAAGUGACCCCUUGUUUUCUGCUCAACGCCUUCCCCCUCAUGGCUAUCCAUUGGAACACCCAUUUAACAAAGAUGGUUAUCGGUACAUUCUCGCAGAACCAGACCCUCAUGCCCCAGAUCCUGAGAAACUGGAACUGGACUGUUGGGCUGGGAAGCCUAUUCCAGGAGACCUCUACAGAGCCUGCCUCUAUGAACGAGUUUUGUUAGCGCUUCAUGACCGAGCUCCUCAGCUAAAGAUCUCAGAUGACCGACUGACUGUGAUUGGAGAGAAGGGUUAUUCAAUGGUUCGAGCCUCACAUGGAGUUCGGAAAGGUGCCUGGUACUUUGAGAUCUCAGUGGAUGAGAUGCCCCCAGAUACGGCUGCCAGGCUGGGCUGGUCCCAGCCUCUCGGUAACCUCCAAGCUCCUCUGGGCUAUGACAAAUUCAGUUAUUCAUGGCGGAGCAAGAAGGGGACCAAGUUUCAUCAAUCCAUUGGCAAGCGCUACUCCUCUGGCUAUGGUCAAGGUGACAUACUGGGGUUUUAUAUCAAUCUUCCUGAGGAGACAGAAACCGCCAAGUCUUUGCCUGACACCUAUAAAGAUAAGGCUUUGAUAAAGUUCAAGAGUUACUUAUAUUUUGAGGAAAAGGAUUUUGUGGAUAAAGCUGAGAAGAGCCUCAAGCAGACUCCCCAUAGUCAAAUAAUAUUCUACAAAAAUGGUGUCAGCCAAGGAGUGGCCUACAAAGAAAUUUUUGAAGGGGUCUACUUUCCUGCUAUCUCAUUGUAUAAAAGCUGCACGGUUUCUAUCAACUUUGGACCCUGCUUCAAGUAUCCUCCAAGAGAUCUCACUUACCGUCCUAUGAGUGACAUGGGCUGGGGUGCCGUGGUGGAGCACACGCUAGCUGAUGUCUUAUACCAUGUUGAAACAGAAGUAGAUGGGAGACGGAGUCCCCCCAUGGGAGCCAUAGCCAGUUUCAGAUGUCCUCACCUUGAAAGGAACCGUGCAGAGCACAGCAUCUCCUUUCUCAAGUUACAUGAUUAGGUUAGCAGUGGAGGGCGAGGACAGGCGACCUCUGUCCUCUGCUGUUGUCCCUUGUUUAUGGAUGAGUACUCUUCAUCAGUGUACCAUGCUCUGAAAACUCCUGACUCUUCAAAAUCCAAUGAGCUUCCUGUGAAAUCGGUGCUGUGCCACAUGUCAUUAGAUCUCAGGCUGCUCUUCCAGCCAUAUUUCUAACACUGAGGGAGUUGUCUCUUCCAAGCUGCUUUCUUGUUUAAAUCCAUAUGUGAAUAUCAACUCUGUCCUAUUCUUCAGAUUUCUGCAAGGGGCAGCCGUUCCAUUUCCAGGAGCAACUGAAUUAGUGGUCUCUGCUGAGGAGCCUUGUGCUCCAACAGCUCUAAAACUUCAUUUUUUGUGUGUUUUUUAAUUUGUAAAUAGCUUUCUUAUACAGGGAUCUCUGAAAUGCCAAAACAGCCAGGUGCAUGAAACUGUAAUUGUGAAAGACACUCUUGCUUGUGACUUUUAAGGAAUAAUAACCAGUCUGAAAUAAAACUUGAAAAUGAG